AUGCACUCCGGCCGCUUUUUCCAGCUUCAAUCUUGCACUCUCUCCGGUGCAUCAUCCUUCUUCAUCGCUCUUCCACCUCGCACCCGUUCCAACGCCUUUUCUUGCUUCCAUCUCGCACUUCCAAUUUUUUUCCAUCUCUCGCUCGCUGCUUCUCACAAUGUAUCCCUGACAGAUCAGAGAAAAGAUAGCAGUAACACAAUGUCAAACGCCACGACAGAUAUGGAAAUUGAUGGAACAGAAAGUAAUGCAGCAGUAGAUGCAUCAAACUCUCAACCUUCCGUAACAAGCGAAGAUACCUCGAAGAAGAAAAGAAAGGCGAUGGACACUAGAUCGGUUGUUUGGGACCAUUUCGAAAAAACUAAGUGCAAUUAUUUCUUAAGACAAUAUGCAUGCCACUCUAAAAGAAAUUGUACGUCGAAUUUAAAAAAUCAUAUCCCAGCAUGCAUGAAAAAUCCUCAUAGGCACCAAACUAGGCAAGCUUUAAUUAAUUUGCAGCCUGCGAUUUGUGAUGAUGGUGUUGGUGAUAAGAUGGGAACACUAAAUUCAUGGAAAUUUGAUCAAGAAGCUAUCAGAGAGUCGCUUGCUUUUAUGAUUAUUUUAGAUGAAUUGCCUUUUAAGUUUGUGGAGGGUGAGGGUUUUAGAAGGUUUAUAUCUUGUGCAUGUCCUAAAUUCAAAAUUCCAUCUAGGUGGACAGUGACUAGGGACUGUUUUCAGUUAUACCUAGAUGAGAGAAUUAGGUUGAAAAACUUUAUGAAACAAAACUGUCAAAGAAUUAGUCUAACAACUGAUACAUGGACUUCAAUUCAAAGAAUCAAUUAUAUGUGCAUUACUGCCCACUUUAUUGAUACUAAUUGGAGGUUGCAUAAAAAAGUCUUGAGUUUUGUUCCAAUUUUUUCUCAUAAAGGUGAUGCAAUAGGCAAGGCAAUUGAGACUUGUUUGUUAGAAUGGGGAAUAACUAAUGUAUUUUCAGUCACAGAUGAUAAUGCUAGUUCUAAUGAUGUGGCAAUCUCUUAUUUGAAAAGAAGAAUAAUUAAUUGGGGCAAUCAUGUGGCUGAUUGCAAGUAUGUUCAUAUGAGGUGCAUUGCCCAUAUAAUAAAUCUUGUAGCUACGGAGGGUUUGAAGGAUGUCAAUCCUUCGGUUAAGAGAAGUGCUGAAAUUGAGGGAAUAGGAUGCCAAAGUUCAUUGUGUUUAGAUGUGAUAACUAGGUGGAAUUCUACCUUUUUAAUGCUAAAAAGAGCCAUAAAGUUUGAGAAAGCAUUUGAUAAUUACAAUGAGCAAGAGUCUAAUUUCAAGAGAGACCUAGGGGAAGAUGGGGUUCCGAGUUCAUUAGAUUGGAAGUGUGGUACAUUAAUGACUUCAUUAUUAGAGCAUUUUUACAAUGUGACAUUGCGUAUUUCAGGGUCUUUAUAUGUCACUUCGAACACUUUUUUUAGUGAAAUAAGUGACUUGUCUUGUAUUUUGAAUGAAUGGAAAGAUUGUGCGGAACUUGAUGUUAGGCAAUUAGGGGACUCAAUGAAAGGUAAAUUUGAUAAAUAUUGGGGGGAUCCGGAAAAGAUGAACAAACUUAUAUUCUUUGCGGCUGUUUUGGACCCUAGAGAGAAAUUUAAGUAUAUGGAAUAUUCAUUUUCUUUAAUGUAUGGCAAUGUUAAAGGUCUAAGUUUGUUUUCAAGUGUAAAAAAUGAACUUUUUAGGCUUUUUAAUGAAUAUAAGGAUAAGUAUCAUUCCAAUGAGGGCAGUCUUUCAACAAGUUCCAGUUAUGAAGAGUCAAGUAAGAAACCCACUUCAAUUUUAAGAGCAAAGUAUAAGAAAGAAAAAAGAGAGAGUGGGUCUUCGUUCAAUAAGAAAAAUGAACUUGAUAUUUACCUUGAUGAGACUAUUUUGGAAGAUGUGGAUGAGCUAGACAUUUUUAAGUGGUGGAAACUGAAUUCUGAGAGAUUUCCUAUACUCUCAAGAAUGGCACAAGACAUAUUGGAUGUCCCGAUAUCCACCGUUGCGUCGGAAUCCACUUUUAUUUCGGGUGGAAGGAUUCUUGAUGCAUUUAGGAGUUCUUUAACUCCUAAAAUAGUUGAAGGAUUGAUUUGUGGUCAAGAUUUGCUUCGGGAAUCAAAGGAACCGCUAUGUGUUGAACAGCUUAUUGAUGAAAUUGAGAACAUCGAAAAAGAUUUGCCAAAACCGGAAAGGAAAAGAUACAUUUUUGUUUCCGAAGAUGUAGACCUGCUGUUUUUGAUUUAUGAAGAUGAAUGUAGCAUUGUAGCUGCUGCUGUUUUGAAGAUUUGA